AAGGUGCAUGGGGAGGUGGGAGGGGGCGGUGUCCGGGGAGACGCGUCAGCCGCCGCCGCCGCCGCCGCCGCCGCGGGGUCCCUCCCCUCCGGCGGCCGGAGCCCCGCGGGGAGCGGCGCGGCGGGGAUGAGCCGGGCCGCCUCGCACCCACCGUAGCGGCGCGGCCGCCUCCGCCAUGAAGCGGAAGAGCUGGGCCGAGGCCCGGCGCCGCGCAGCCCCGGCGCCGCCGGCUCUGAAGAGAACUCGAGGCGCGGCGUCGCGGGCGGUGGCGGCGGGGGGCGAGGCGGAGCGGCGGCAGCCGCCCCCCGGCGGGCCGGAGACCUGCCUGAGGAUCGCCGAUCGCCUUUAUUUUGCAAUUCUCUGCCAAAAACCAAAGAGUGGAGCUGCAAAUACCCAUUAUUUCUGCAUAGAUGAUGAACUUGUAUAUGAGAACUUCUAUGCAGACUUUGGACCACUCAAUCUGGCAAUGGUCUACAGAUACUGCUGCAAGCUAAAUAAGAAAUUAAAGUCAUUUUCAUUGAUAAGGAAGAAAAUAAUUCAUUAUACUGGCUUUGAUCAGAAAAAACAAGCAAAUGCUGCAUUCCUCAUAGGCUCCUACGCAAUAAUAUACCUGAGAGAAUCCCCAGAAGACGUGUACAGGCUUAUAUUGGCUGGAAGCAUUUCAUAUCUUCCUUUCAGGGAUGCUUCCUUUGGUACUUGCAGUUUUCAUCUGACAUUGCUGGACUGUUUUCACGCAAUAAGCAAGGCUUUGCAAUAUGGUUUCCUGGAUUUCAAUACAUUUGAUGUAAAUGAAUAUGAGCAUUAUGAAAGAGCAGAAAAUGGAGAUUUUAACUGGAUAAUACCAAACAAAUUCAUUGCCUUCAGUGGACCUCAUUCAAGAAGUAAAAUUGAAAAUGGCUAUCCCCACCAUGCUCCAGAGGCUUAUUUCCCAUACUUCAGGAAACAUAAAGUUACCACUAUAAUACGCCUCAACAAAAAAUUGUAUGAUGCCAAGCGAUUUACAGAUGCUGGAUUUGAGCAUUUUGACCUCUUCUUUGCUGAUGGAAGCACACCUAGUGAUACUAUAGUUAAAACAUUUCUAAAUAUUUGUGAAAAUGCUGAAGGUGUUAUAGCCGUUCAUUGCAAAGCUGGUCUUGGACGAACUGGCACACUCAUUGCCUGUUAUAUUAUGAAGCAUUAUCGGAUGACAGCUGCUGAAACUAUUGCCUGGAUUAGAAUAAAUAGACCUGGUUCAGUGAUUGGACCACAACAACACUUCCUGAUGGACAAACAGGCAGAACUUUGGAGAGAAGGAGAUAUUUUCCAUGCAAAGUUGAAAGGAAACCGUAAAAUUGCUGUAACAAGAAUUCUGUCAGGAGUAGAUGAUAUUUCAAUUAAUGACACGAGAAACAGGAGAACCAUCCAAAAGGACAUUGAACUGUACAGUGAUGAAGAUGAAACAAACUGUGUAACACAAGGUGAUAAGCUUCGUGCUCUGAAAAGUAGAAGGCAGGCAAAAGCUCCAACUACAUCACCGCUAACAGUAAUUCUGCAGUCCAGUGUUCAGAAAAAUAAAACCUCUGAACCUAGCAUUUCUGACAGUACAGACAUUACUAAAAGAACUACCAGGUCUGCUGCAAGAAAAAACAGUUUAAAAAGGGAAGUAUAUCACAAAAACUAACAGAGAGGAAUAUGCUUUAGAGAUCUCAUAUGCUCUUGCUUUGCUGGGAAUUGUAAAGAAGUCUUCUGCACCCUUGUUCAAACACUGAAAACUACCUGCAGCAUUUCAGAGCUUGUCUCAGCCAAUCCGUCCCAAGGACUAGAACAGUAUUGCGUUAAAUUUCAAAUAAGCAACCAGAGUUGAAGAGGAUAUUCAGGAGUGAAGGGGAUGUGACUAGAGGGGACUUGAUGCAAUUCAAGGAAGAUUACUUCGGCUCCAUUUUUCAGCAAAAGUGACACAGAUGAAUCUCUUCCGUACUUGUAGAAUAAAAUGGACUCUCAAUAUCCUUGGUAGAGACUUUCCUUAUGUGCUAACACCUCCUCAAACAAACCCCACAAAAUCUGUGUACAUUUAGACUCAGGUGUAAAUACUUAAGCUCUCUAUUAUAAAGAGGGCUUGCUAGUACGUAUGAUGCAUGUGUAUAAAUUGUGAUGGCAAUCACUUAGCUGCUGACCACCAGAAAUUAAAAGAUGGUGGGAGCUUUUAAACAUAUAAAUCUUUGUUGUCCAUUCAGACUGGGCUCAAGUCUCCACUUGAGACUGAAAAUCAACCACAAAAGCUUUUUUCUUAUAGUAUUGGUACUCUCCUGUGUUAACUGGCUAUUCUUUCUUACUUUGUAUGGAGUUUUUUAUGAAGCCGCAGUACUGAGUACACAAAGUAACUAUUGUCCACCAAAGAGUGCUUUAUUUUCAAAGGUUGUGUGGUUUGUUUAAUUUUGAAAAAACUAACUAUAAGCAAUUAACUUGUUUUUAAUGGUAACAGAUUUUUAGUUGUUCACAACCAAUGGCUCUUUUAACUAGUUGUAAUUGCUUUAAAUCUGGUAUUAUUUUAAGCAGGAGGAAAAACAGCUUACCAUUUAAAGCAGUGCUGUCAUAUUGAAAUGUCAUUACUGUUUCUUCUCCUAUAGUCAAGUCUAUUAGGUGAAACUUUCCAUUACCGUGUCUAACAGGUAAGAUUUUUCCCUGGGUUUUAUCGGUACACCUGAGAACAUGUUGACAUCACUGUUCUUUAGCUUUGAGACACUUAACGAAUGCAGCACACAAAAAGGGAAAACAAGCUUGCUGUACAACUGAGAUUGGUAGUGGAACUCAGGGGUGGGUAUAGUUUUUAACACCUAAUUAACACUUCAAAAACUACAGCUGACCUCUUAUUAAAAAGCAGCAUAAUUUUUAGAGGAAUCUGUCUAGGACUGAAAUUUUCAUCCACUACAUGGCUGUCUUCAAACAGUGGCAGUGGUUUUUUCCCUACCGCAUCUCACGUUAUGAAAUCUCAAAGCUGGCUUUCAAGUGAUGUACCCUUGUCUGCCAACUUAAGUUAUAGCUAUAUAUCCCUUGGAUGAGGACUGUUACCACAUCGCCUUAAAUAUGGUAGUUACCUGUUGAUUUAGUGACUCUUACAGUAGAAAGUAGAAGAAAUGGAGAGAUCUUAAAUGUUAGCAAUGGAAUAGCUGAAGUUUUUAAACAUACGGAUUAACUCUGCAAGGGAGGGGAGUUUUCUUUCUAUGAAUGUAAAUGGGCAGGUUCAGUGACUCAUUUCAGUGUACAUCCUUUUAAAAUUAAGCUUUCUGUUAGGCUGGUGAUUUUUGAAUAUCAAUAUGAAUAACCACACGCAGACUUGAAAACGUUUUGUGGCAAGAGCAUCGUGAGUUUGGAGGGCAAGUGGGAUGUGAAGUGUGUUAGUUUACAGGUCGCAUCCGUGAGUUUGGAUAGUCAAAAUUUGCAGAUAUGAAUACAAAGAAAACAGAAGAGGUUUGUGUGGUGCAAAGUAAGGGACCAUUGAGGAUCAGACCCCAAAUAUUUUUUGUUUUCCUCUCAACCUUUACCUUCACCACCAUUUUCAUCUAGGUGAAAAGCACCUAAAAGAGAGGGACAGAAUUCACCCUGAUACAGUAAUUAAAAUUCUUUGUCUUUUUUUUUUUUUUUUUUAAGUAAGCCAGUUGGCCAAAAACUGAAGUACAGGUAACCACCUGUUACCAGUAACCACAAUAGGUAUAUUGUGCAAAUAUGAACCUGUGUUUAUUUUUGAAGAAAAUUCUUAUAUUGAAAGGCAGAAAGGAUGGAACUAGUGAGGUGAGAGGGUAAGAGUCAAAACAAGAAAGAUUGAGUAAUAUUUAUUGUGUUUGGCUUUGUCCUUCUCUCAGCUGAGCUUCCUCUUUUAGCAUCUGUUUUUAACCUAAAAAAUAAUCAGUCUAUUUCACAUCCCCUAUGAAUUCCAAAUUUGAAUUUGCCUUUUUUAAAGUAACCAGCAGAGCCAUUAGCACUUUCAGGUUCAUCAGAAGUAAGUUUGCGUAAAGCAAGUGCAGAAACACACACGAUAGCAACUCUAGCUAAACCAAACUGCAUGUUUGGCAUGAAUGUGUUUCGGGGUACCCCUUCCACCACCCAGUAUCUUAGUGAGAAGCACAUAAAUGUCAACGGAUUUUACAUUUGAACUCUCCAAGCAGCCUUAUAUGGAAAAUUAACUCAUUACCUCAUUGUGUCCCACCUAAUUGUAUUGCUUAGUUUGUUCUACUGAAUUUUUAGUACUUUGUCUAGCAUUUUUAUUAUACCAUACCAAAGCUGUCUUAAGUACAAGAAUGAAGAGUGGGCAUGGGUGAGGGAGUCCUUGGUUUCUGAAUCUUUUUUGAAUUGUGAAGUAUGAUGUGCCAAAAUGGAACAUGUGGCGGCAGCUGCAUCACCAUUGUACCACAGAGCAGCUGAAGUAAGUUAUUUCUGCUGUUGUCAAUUAGUUCUUCCUUAGAAAUUCUUUCUCCUCUUUCAAAUAAAUGGCAGAUGGAUUCUUCCUUGAUCUCUUAUUCAAAAGUAUGCAACUUACGCAAAAGAUGUCAUAUCUUGGGUCAAAUUGCUAGCUUCCAUUUCAGCAUCAAUAACUUAACUCACAUGUUAACCCAGACCUGUCUUUUUACCCCAGUAAGACAACAGAGGAAGUGCUGUUGAUUUAAAACAAAACAAAACAAAAAGAUUUGUAGAGACUUGUGCAUUAAAAUGGAAACAAAAAUGUGAUGUUCACCAGUUUGUUGCACUGCAGUUUUUAUAUUAAUGGUUUGCAGACUGUUUGUCUUGCGUAAACUUAUGUACAGACUAUCAAGAUCUAAAAUUUCUUGACUAAUCAGUACUGUUCAUCCUGAUUAUUUUUAAAUUGUAUAUUUCUAAUCAUAUUUUUUUAACUUGGAUUGACAGAAUGGGAGUUUAUUUUGCUGAAGGUAUUUUUAAGAUAAAGCUUCAUAUUAUCUUGUAAUAUUAAGUAGUUCAAUAUGCAUUUGUGUCUCAUUUGAAUAUACUGCAUAUUGUAUUUGAUUUUAUACAAAAUAUUGAAUAGUGAGAAUUGUAAACAUGAAUUGUGUAAAAUUAAAAAUGUUUGUUUUCUUA